GCCGACCAAUCAGAGAGCCGUCGCGUCCAAACACUUCCGCUCUGCCCUGGGCUUGUCUUUCCAGUGGAGCGGCCGUGUGUGCGCUCAGCCCCGAACCGUGAACCACACGCUGUCCCCAGGCUCGAGACCGACUGAAAGAUGCCCCCCAAAAAGGGAGAAGCCCCGAAGCAGCCUCCAUUAAUCGGACGGUUCGGCACAUCUUUGAAAAUUGGAAUCGUGGGACUGCCCAACGUUGGGAAAUCCACCUUUUUCAACGUGCUGACCAAAAGCCAAGCUGCUGCAGAGAACUUCCCAUUCUGCACGAUUGACCCAAAUGAGAGCAGAGUACCUGUUCCAGAUGAGCGCUUCGAUUUCCUCUGUCAGUACCACAAACCAGCCAGUAAGGUCCCUGCCUUCCUGAAUGUUGUGGACAUUGCUGGUCUGGUGAAAGGAGCUCACGCAGGACAGGGACUUGGAAAUGCCUUUCUCUCCCACAUCAGUGCCUGUGACGGGAUCUUCCACAUGACCCGUGCAUUUGACGAUGAGGAUAUUAUCCACGUGGAGGGCAACGUUGACCCAGUGAGGGACAUUGAGAUCAUCCACGAGGAGCUGCGACUAAAAGAUGAGGAGAUGAUGGAUCCAAUUCUCGACAAACUGGAGAAAACUGCAGUCAGAGGAGGCGACAAGAAACUAAAGCCUGAAUAUGACAUCAUGAUAAAGGUGAAGAACUGGGUGGUGGAAGAGAAGAAACCCGUCAGGUUUUACAAUGACUGGAAUGACAAAGAGAUUGAGGUGUUGAACAAAUACCUGUUUCUGACAUCGAAGCCCAUGAUCUACCUGGUGAAUCUAUCAGAGAAGGAUUACAUCAGAAAACGAUAACUUAUUCAUAUAUCUACAUUGUAAAGAUUAAUUUUAGCUUGAGCUGUUCCUUCAUGGCUCCUCUCUUUUUAAUUUCAUACCAGUGUUCUGACCAAAAUAAUAAAGACCGGCUAUGCAGCGCUACAGCUGGAAUACUUCUUCACAGCGGGACCAGAUGAGGUGCGAGCAUGGACCGUCAGGAAAGGUUCCAAGGCUCCUCAGGCCGCAGGAAAGAUCCACACUGACUUUGAGAAAGGCUUCAUCAUGGCCGAGGUGAUGAAGUUCAUCGACUUCAAAGAGGAGGGCAGUGAAAAUGCAGCCAAGGCUGCUGGGAAAUACAGACAACAGGGCAGGAACUACAUCGUGGAGGACGGGGACAUUAUCUUUUUCAAAUUCAACACACCCAAUGCCCCCAAAAAGAAAUAAUACGACACAAUCCCCAGAGGGAGAGCUCAGAAUACAGUUCAGCACGGUUCUGUCAGGCCUGUGAGAGCUUCACUGUCAGCUGGUUUUCAUUCUUCUCUCUUCAAUUCAGAGGAUCAACACAUGGUCAGUUAGAUGUUCACCCACCUAACCUCCCUGACCAGAAUCUAUUAAAGAUUAUUCUUUAUAAUAACAUUUAUAAUGUUAAAAUAAAAUAAUUAUACUUUUUUGUUUUAAAGGAAAUAGUCUAAUGGGGAACCUCUAGCAGAACUCGAAAUUGAGACUCAGUUCUAAUUCAUGAAAGCAGUGUAAACCCAAAUUUGAACAUUCAAACCACACAACUUAAAGAUAUUUAAAAGGUUUAAUUUGUGUUUUGCUAUUUUCCCUUUUUAUCUUUAAGAAAAUGUUGCCUGACUAAGACCAUAUAUUUGCAGUUGUCAAUUGACGCUUACUGCUGUGAUGACUGCUGAUGAAUUGACAGAUUUUCAGGGUAGUUAAUAAACAGCGCUGCAAAGGCUUUGUAUGUUGUAUAGCUUCUGUUGCAGGUGCCUCAUCUGAGUUUAUACAAAAACACAAGUUCUGAAUGGGUAAUUACUUUUAACAUUCAAAAGAAAGUAAACUUUUCUCAGUUCCUUCAUGUCUUUACCUUUAGCUGAACUUUCAUAGUUUUAUACGAUCAACAACAAAGUCUUUAUACCUGAAAUAGACCUAGUCUAUACAAGUGUGACAGUCAGUGUGUUGACUUUUAAGGAGAGAAUGAAAUCCAUCCCGGUGUUUACCUUCAGGACAGUGCUCUGCUGUAUUCUGAGCAGGAGGGUUAUUGUCAUUUUAGAAGACCACCUGAACAGAGGAUGUUGUUAUUCACGCUGCUUUUAUUGACUUAAGUUUGGGCUUGAAAAAAAAGAAAAGAAAAAAAAAACAGACUUCACAUUAUGAACUCCACCCUGCGUAACGAGACAAUGCUUCAUUGUGAAUCUGGACGGCUGCAGGAGUAUCAUCUGGACUACAUUUUGCUUUGCCUCUCCUCACUGCCUCCACUGUGUGAAUCGCUUUAUUUACCAUCCUCUGACCAGACAUCCCGACAAAUUGUGGACAUGGAAACUCAGCCCUCUUUGUGCUGAGGAAGAAAUGGGGACACUGGGGGAAAUGAAAGAUGUUAAUUCAAAGGGAGCAAAGGUCAAAUAAAUGUCACACAUCAAUAUGCAUGUGUUAAUAAAAGGAAACAAACCUCUGUCA